CCGCUGUUAAACAUGUUCUGGAAUUGCCAACAAAGGGUCUAAGAGCAAGUGGAAGCACGCAUAUAGGUGAUGGAAUUUAGCACAUAGGAGUGUGUGUUCAAUUAAUUAAAACAAAUUACCAAAGGUGCUGUAACCGGAAAUUACCAUGUCAUCUUAUCAAUCCUUCGCUCAAACUGUUAGAAUUGUUACAGCCCUGUUUCUUGUGUGCAUUCUACACUGCUCCAUUUCAGUUUCAGCCUACAGAAGAAACCCGUUCUCAGAAAUCGACGAUGCCUCAUUGUCUGGUACAACUGACCAACGAGAUUUAGAAUUAUCCAAAGGCAGCUACAAAAUACACUCUGCACAGGAAAAUGUCGUGUUACCGCCUAGUAAACGGUAUGCAAGUCUGUCGUAUUACUAUGGUAACCGGGGAAACAGUCGAGGGUCGUCUCGGAACUACAAUAGAUACUAUCGUUCUAGAUACUACCAGAACUACCACAAGCCCUGGCUAAAUCUCGAGGACCGCGAGUGUUUCCGAGACCAGUGUCAGACGAAUGACGACUGCUGCAGACGAUACUCGAAGUGUGACAAAGACGCUCACGUGUGCUACAGCUGUUGGUACGGGCAUCCGUGCAGUCAGUCACGUGACUGCUGUGAACAAUACCCAUAUUGCAACAAAAACCUCGGCAUUUGUCAGUCAUAGAAAAGUACAAUCGCUCAGUCAGGAACACACAUCAACCGUGGCAUUUCACAUCUUAAAGAUACACUUCACGUUUCCAAACUGCGAAUAAUUAAAAACUUAUACAAUAUAAAAAUAAAGAAUAUCAUGAACAUUA